AAAAGCUUGAGACUAGCAGCAGAGCUCCUAACACCCCUAUAGAUAGCAUAUUUGAUCGUGAACACGAUAGAAGACGUUAUAUGAGACGCAUAAUUGGGUUGUCCGACACUCAUUGUAUUAAUAAGGUUAGGAUGAACCGAACCUUGUUUAGGAGGUUGUGUGACCUCCUUGUUAGUGAGGGGGGGUUAAAGGGUACUGACAACGUAGACAUAGAUGAGAUGGUGAUGAUCUUCUUGAUCACAAUUGGCCACAAUGCAAAGAACAGGACAUUGCAAUUGGAUUUUUGUCGAUCGGGACAAACUAUUUCCAAAGUAUUUCACAAGGUCCUUCACGGCGUUCUUCGACUCCACCACAUCUUACUUCCGCAGCCUGAACCUGUACCGGAAAACUCGGAGGAUGUGAAAUGGAAGUACUUUAAGGGUUGUCUAGGGGCACUAGAUGGAACGCAUAUUAAGGUUCGUGUCAGAAAUGAAGACCAACCUAGAUAUCGAGAUCGCAAGGGGACAAUUUCAAUGAAUGUGUUGGGAGUGGUUAAUCAAAAUGUUGAGUUCCUGUAUUGCUUAGCUGGGUGGGAGGGUUCAGCUCAUGAUGGGAAGGUGCUUAGGGAUGCUUUGUUAAGGCCAAAUGGGCUGCGAGUUCCCAAA